AUGAUGCCUCGCAGCCUCUUACGAUCUGCCAGCGGUCUUGCCACCUCGCGCGUGGCGCUGCGUCCGCCGUCGGGCGUGCGUUACUUCCGGAAGAACGUUCCUACAAAGUACACGGAGAACAAGGAGCUUACAGGACUGGCGGGUGUCCUACAAGCUGACAACCACGUGCUAUCGGUCAAGCUGCUGCACUUGACGAGUGUGAGUCUCAUGGCUGCCGUCCCGCUCGCUUUCGUACUGAGUCCGUCGCCGUUGGCUCUGCCCGUGGACUUGGCAGUCGGUGUGCUCGUGCCUGUGCACGCGCACAUUGGCAUGAACAAUGUCAUUUCGGAUUACGUGCCCAAGAACGUGCGCACGCUGGCGCGUCUAGGCUGGUUGGGUGCCACGUCGCUCAUGCUGUUGGGUCUACUGCGUGUCAACCUGGAAGGUCCGGGCAUCACGGAGGUGGUCAAGACUAUUUGGCGGGAGUCGCCCAACAAGAAGAAGCACGAGGCGUAG